CUCAUGGUUCGAGUCUUCACAAAGAGUUUUGUGACUUUCCCUUCGUUUCCUCAAGUUCGACAUCGUCGCCGCCGCUACCGACGACGACGACUGCCUUCUUAUCGGUGCUCAUUCUCUAUCCUAGACGUGCUAGCUUUUCUCGACAUCGAUGAUCUCUUCAACGUCACCACCAACUCUAUUGCCCGCUCAUCGCGAGCACCGUGUCUCACCACCACAAACACCACCAAUGAUAGCAUUUGAUGACCCAAAGAUUCUUAGUCGUCGGGCCUCAACUUCGCCAUCUGAUGAGUCAUCUAUCAUCGAGCUCUCAUUCGACUACGAGCUCGAUUCUGCGGGCAAUUAUGUCCGCGUAUCAAAGGGUUCAUCAAGGUCUAAUCAUUCGAGCCCCCCAACACCAAAUGAUGCUCUGCUUGAUGGUGCUAUUAAGCCUUCGUCGUCUUCCCCGCCGCAGGGGACCUCUGUUUCAUAUGCGUACACUAAACCUCCUUCACCUAUAUUGCUCAAUUCUCCAGUACCAUCACGACGUAACUCUCUCCCGCGGUCAGAGAGUGCCUAUUCACUUCAAAGCGGAAGUGGGGCUGAACCGCUGCCACUUGCAGCUCAGCACCGAGCCCAGUCACUAGUUACAGGCAAUUCCGCUCGUUCAUUCCAACGGGUCGCAUCCGUACCUGCUACAUCGACACCAGCUGCAUCUCAACCAGCAUUACGUGCACCAUUAUCGAGUGGUCUUGCUGGUACUGGUCGAAAAAUUGGGCGUCCCCAACGUGUGCCUCGAGAUGAGUACCGUGAGCAACCACUUACGCUGGAUGAACGGGAGGAACUGCGAGUGCGAGAGGAGUGGGAUAUACGAGUGCAGGAGGAGAAAGAAAAUUUAAUAACUAUUUCCGACGGGGACGGCCUGUCGUCAGAUGGCCCCGCCCCCAAACGGACUUCCCCGCGAUUAACCACUCGUUCGGCGUCUGUGAGUCAAAUCGACGGACGGGCAAUCUCUAGCCUCCCCACACGCGCAUAUGGAUCAUCCACAGGCGCACGCCAGCCGCUACAGCCUGGCCGGCAGAUCAUGCCUGGGCCCAAUCGCGCGGGACGGGUAUUGAUGGGUAUGGCUGUCAAGUAUGGUGUGGGUUCGGGUGGGUUCGAUAAGAUUAAUGAGAAUGAAGGUAGUGAGAACGAGCUUGCUACCGACCAGGCCUGUGAUGAGACUGAUCCCAACGUAGAUGAACCACAACCUGGGAAUGGCAUUCUUCGCCAUCGCAGUCAUGCCGCCCCUCUUACUCUAUCGAGCAGCACACGACCUCGCCGUUCAGCCAGUUUGAGUGAUGCCUCUGGAGAAGACCGGUUAUCUCCGCGCCUGCUCCCAAGCCAAAAUCAACAGCAGCACGCCCCACGUCCAGGGUCCAGCUUGGGCCUCAACUCAGCGCGCGUCAGACGCGUGACGUCCGAGCAAGAUGAGUAUGCAGCAGAAUAUGCCCGCCGAGCAGCGGAAGAGGCACCUGAACCUUUCCCCCAGCCACAGCCCCGCCAAUCGCCCUCCCCGACACAUAUGUCUCAGGCACACGUACGCACCCAUACGCAUCAUCGACACGACUCAGACACUGUUCGCUCCCUCGCGCUCAAUAAUCCGCCCACCGCAUCCUCACCCACAGUGGGCGAUCGAAACCCAGGCAGACUGUCUCCGUCUGCGCGAAAUGUGUCAUCGUCACAGUUGCAGGGACAUGGCCAAGCGUAUCACCGGCGAAAUCCCACAGCGCCCGAGCCACCAACCACGAGUGGGUCGUUAGCGCCGCCUGGUCCUGGCAAAUCAAAGAAUGGGAAGACGUGGGCUGGGGGGGACGAGCCUGCGGAUAGCGAGCCUGAGGCCAAAACUGCGUCACGAGUGCGGCAGGCGCCACCUCCACCUGCGCCAGCGCCUGCUCCUGCUCCCGUCCGGAAUCACAACAUUGUUGUAAACAAGAAAGUAUAUGCUCGACUCGAUCUGAUCGGAAAAGGCGGCUCGUCUCGGGUAUAUCGCGUGAUGAACGCCAACAACGAGAUCUAUGCUAUCAAACGCGUGUCGCUGGACAAGACGGACGCAGAGACUAUGAGCGGAUACAUGAAUGAGAUCGGACUGCUUAAACGGCUUGAGGGAAACAAUCGGAUUAUCCAGCUGUUUGAUAGCGAGGUGAAGGCAGGACCUGGAGGGACAAAAGGACAUUUGAUGCUCGUGAUGGAAUGCGGAGAGGUUGAUCUAGCAAAGUUGCUGCAGGAGCAGCAGAAGGAACCGAUGAAUAUGGUUUGGAUAUCGUAUUAUUGGCAGCAGAUGCUUCAAGCCGUUCACGUCAUCCACGAGGAGAAGAUCGUUCAUUCAGAUUUGAAGCCCGCAAACUUCGUUCUCGUGAGGGGUCAGCUGAAGCUGAUUGAUUUUGGCAUUGCGAAUGCCAUCGCAAACGACACUACUAACAUCCAGCGAGAUCAUCAGAUCGGAACUGUCAACUACAUGUCCCCCGAAGCUAUUGAACUUCCUGACGGCAUGCGGCGGCUCAAAGUUGGACGAGCCAGUGACGUCUGGUCUCUCGGGUGCAUCCUCUACCAGAUGGUUUAUGGUCACCCGCCGUUCCAACAUCUUUCUGUAUAUCAAAAGAUGAAGGCUAUCCCGGACUUAGCUCAUGUCAUUGAGUAUCCGGACUGCAGCAUACCCACUGUCGUGAACAAGGCAGGCGAACGUAAAAAGCUCGAGCAUUUACAACAACCCGUCAGAGCGGAUGUUAUUCAGGGCAUCAAGAGUUGCUUGAUGCGAAAUUCGAAAGAGCGGGCUACGAUUCCUGAGUUGCUUGAGCAGAAAUGGUUGGCGAUGAAAGAACCUGAGAUCACGCCAGCGAAGCCCCAGCUAGCACAAGACGAGACCGUCAUCAAUCCCUACUACAUGAAGCAGCUGCUUGAGUACGGUAUUAAACUGGGCCAGCAAGCUCAAAGUGGCGAGAUAGAUCAGGAAUAUCUCGCCAAAGAAGCUGAGCGCUUGGUUGUAGAGCUUAAAGCCCUUGAGUCAUGAUGUCAUGACCUCUCCAUCAACUCCCAAUCUUUCAACACAUAGCAUACUGUAUUCGUUAACUUAGUCAUCUUUCAUCACACACCCCCACGUCUUUGUAUGAAAACGUCCUUCAAAAGCAGUCCUCCUGUAUGUACGCCUACGCUAUGCCUUCCCAUGUACUCCUCACUCUAGACCUUUCGCUUGCCUUUACCCCUUCGCACUCGAACUUUUAGCAUUUUACACGCUCGCUAUCCUAGCUGUGAACCUGCAAUUGCAUAUCAUUUUCUCUAUAUUGGUUCGUUCUGCAUCUCCCCCGAGUUGGUCCUGGGAGGGUUAUUGGCAAGCAUCUGGGUGGUACGGCUUCCAUAUGUAAUUUCUACAUCAUGUUGUAGGUAUACAAUACUAUUUAAGACCAUGGUUCACUUUG